AACUUCAUGGAAGUCCAGACCUACGUCAGUAUUUUACAACAGAUUGUGCAAACCGCGCCCCGCGUGUCCAGCCUCACCACCGGAGCCAGUGAGGAGAAGCUGAUCACCGAGAGGAGAAUACCGAUCCUGCAAAGCCAGUUGGAGGAGUACAAGACGAUCCUUGGCCAGCUCCAGGGUCAGAAAGCAAAGCUGCAGAGCGAGACAACGGUGCUGGAACAGGCCAUCAAGAACACCCAAGAGAGCUACGAGGACGAGAUCCAGCUGUACAACGAGCAGAUCGAGACGCUGAGGAAGAGCAUCGAAGAUGCGGAAAGGACCCUGGAGAAAUACACCAACGACUGCCGCCAGCUCUCCAUCUACCAGCAGUCCCUGGAGACCGAACUCCAGCGCUACAAGCGUAUCAUUGAAAACGAGGACAGCAGGUUGAAUUCUGCAAUUGUCGGAACUCCGGUAACACUCUUCACGCAGAGUUACAGAACCACGCAGACUCCGACUCUGAGAGGGAGAGACAUCACCUUGGUCAUACAAGACAUUACGAGUGCCAAGCCGAGACAGAGAAGCCUUCCGAAGAAGACAACGCGGAGGAAGGAGAUCACGCCUAGAGACCUCACCCACGGCGCCUUGUCCGAAAAAACGUAUGGCGAAAGUCUGGAAGGCUUUGAAACAGAUCAGCUAGAUCUCACGUAUGAAGGUCUGAGUGUAGGAAGUGAAGAGGGGAAGGAAGGAGGGAGAGAAGGAGGAGCCGAGCAUGGAAGGUCUGCGGAAGACGUGCCCGACGGAGCCCAGAUAAGUAAAGCUUUCGAUAAACUCUGCAAUAUAGUGAGAGAGAGAAUCCGGAGCUACAAGAGACCCGAGUCCAAAAUCGACGUCUAUACUAAAAAGCGUUACGUCUUGGUCACGGGGGAAGGGAGCUACGAGGACCCCUGUUUCCGCUCUUCAUCUGCUCCUUCUGGAGGUGGGAUCAGCGUUUCUGAAGAAAGGACGCCAAGCGGAGUCGAACCCAUCCCGGAGUUACCGGAACCCCCGGAAAGUGACCGAAGCGAACCGGAAGCCCGUGAAACGCAGGAGGGGUCCAAGAAGGAGGAAGAGACGGGAUAUAAAUACAAACCAGAAGACCGAGAGAAGGAAGGGGAAGCUGUAUGGCAGAAAGAACCCGAGGAAAGAGAGGAGGAGCCUACAAAAGAGGCGGGCGUUGUGGAACCGAAGCCAGCCCCCGUGCCGGGCCUACCUAGUCAAACCGAAGCAGGGAUAUAUGUAGACAGAGCUGGUGGCCCUACGUUCAAAGAACUGGGCCCUCCAAGUUCCAUGAGUUACGAGAAGGUCGAGGUCGUGGAAUCCAUUGAGAAGUUCUCGGAUGACAAGAUCCAGACGUAUGAAGAAACCGCCAUGAUUGUGGAGACCAUGAUUGAGAAGACCAGCAAGAAGAAGACAGGAGAUAAAAGCUGUUGA